UUCACGCGACCCAAUCUUUGUCAGUGCACAAAAUGGCGCCUUACAGCCUGCUGGUGACCCGGUUGCAGAAAGCCCUCGGGGUGCGACAGUACCAUGUGGCCUCUGUCCUGUGUCAGCGGGCCAAGGUGGCCAUGAGCCACUUUGAACCCAAUGAGUACAUUCGCUAUGACCUGCUGGAGAAGAACAUCAACAUCGUCCGCAAACGGUUGAACCGGCCCCUGACGCUCUCAGAGAAAAUCGUGUACGGGCACCUGGAUGACCCAGCCAACCAGGAGAUCGAGCGAGGCAAGACCUACCUGCGGCUUCGGCCCGACCGCGUGGCCAUGCAGGACGCCACGGCGCAGAUGGCCAUGCUGCAGUUCAUCAGCAGCGGGCUGCCCAAGGUGGCCGUGCCCUCCACCAUCCACUGUGACCACCUGAUUGAGGCCCAGGUGGGCGGCGAGAAGGACCUGCGCCGAGCCAAGGACAUAAACCAGGAAGUGUAUAAUUUCCUGGCAACUGCUGGUGCCAAGUACGGCGUGGGCUUCUGGAAGCCAGGCUCUGGAAUCAUCCACCAGAUCAUUCUGGAAAACUAUGCCUACCCUGGGGUUCUGCUUAUCGGCACUGACUCCCACACGCCCAAUGGUGGGGGCCUGGGAGCCAUCUGCAUUGGUGUCGGGGGUGCUGACGCCGUGGAUGUGAUGGCGGGGAUCCCCUGGGAACUGAAGUGCCCCAAGGUGAUUGGUGUGAAGCUGACAGGGUCACUCUCAGGCUGGACCUCGCCCAAGGACGUCAUCCUGAAGGUGGCAGGCAUCCUCACGGUGAAGGGUGGCACAGGCGCCAUCGUGGAGUAUCAUGGGCCUGGUGUCGACUCCAUCUCCUGCACUGGGAUGGCCACCAUUUGCAACAUGGGUGCUGAGAUCGGGGCCACCACGUCCGUGUUCCCCUACAACCACCGGAUGAAGAAGUACCUGAGCAAGACGGGCCGUGCUGACAUCGCCAAUCUCGCUGAUGAAUACCGGGACCACCUGGUGCCUGACCCUGGCUGCCAGUACGACCAGCUGAUCGAGAUCAACCUCAAUGACCUGAAGCCCCACAUCAAUGGGCCCUUCACCCCCGACCUGGCGCACCCCGUGGCAGAUGUGGGCAAGGUGGCAGAAAAGGAAGGCUGGCCGCUGGACAUCCGAGUGGGUCUUAUUGGCAGCUGCACAAACUCCAGCUAUGAGGACAUGGGCCGCUCAGCAGCAGUGGCUAAGCAGGCCCUGGCCCACGGACUCAAGUGCAAGUCCCAGUUCACCAUCACGCCAGGCUCUGAGCAGAUCCGGGCUACCAUCGAGCGCGACGGCUAUGCGCAGAUCCUGCGGGAUGUGGGGGGCAUCGUCUUGGCCAAUGCCUGUGGCCCCUGCAUCGGCCAAUGGGACAGGAAGGACAUCAAGAAGGGGGAGAAGAACACCAUCGUCACCUCCUACAACCGAAACUUCACAGGCCGCAACGACGCCAACCCCGAGACCCAUGCCUUCGUCACUUCCCCAGAGAUUGUCACAGCUUUGGCCAUCGCCGGCACCCUCAAAUUCAACCCAGAGACCGAUUUCCUGACGGGCAAGGAUGGCAAGAAGUUCAAGCUGGAGGCCCCAGAUGCCGACGAGCUGCCCCGAGCGGACUUCGACCCUGGCCAGGACACCUACCAGCACCCGCCCAAGGACAGCAGCGGGCAACGGGUGGACGUGAGCCCCACCAGCCAGCGCCUGCAGCUCCUGGAGCCCUUUGACAAGUGGGACGGCAAAGACCUGGAGGACCUGCAGAUCCUCAUCAAGGUCAAGGGGAAGUGCACAACUGACCACAUCUCAGCCGCCGGGCCCUGGCUCAAGUUCCGUGGCCACCUGGACAACAUCUCCAACAACCUGCUCAUCGGCGCCAUCAACAUCGAGAACGGCAAAGCCAACUCGGUGCGCAAUGCUGUGACGCAGGAGUUUGGACCCGUUCCUGACACUGCCCGCUACUACAAGAAACAAGGCAUCCGGUGGGUGGUGGUCGGAGACGAGAACUAUGGUGAGGGCUCCAGCCGGGAGCACGCGGCGCUGGAGCCACGCCACUUGGGCGGCCGGGCCAUCAUCACCAAGAGCUUCGCCCGGAUCCACGAAACGAACCUGAAGAAGCAGGGCCUACUGCCCCUCACCUUUGCUGACCCAGCUGACUACAACAAGAUCCAUCCCGUGGAUAAGCUGACCAUCCAGGGCCUGAAGGACUUCGCACCUGGCAAGCCCCUGCAGUGCAUCAUCAAACACCCCAAUGGAACCCAGGAGACCAUCAUGCUGAACCACACCUUCAACGAGACCCAGAUUGAGUGGUUCCGCGCGGGGAGCGCGCUCAACCGGAUGAAGGAGCUGCAGCAGUAGGGCAGCUACCUUCCGUCCUGCCAUCAGUGGCCCCGAUGGGAGACAGCGCGGCGCCCACACCCCCUUCCUCAGCCACGGGACAGCCCGUGGCCAGGGGGUCCUCGGAAAAAAUGGUCCGACCUGCCUGAUGCCUGGUUUGAGUUGGUUCCAGUCUAGAGCAGCUCCACGCAACUAUUUAUUUUUGAUGAUAAGACUCCGUCUCAAACUCUCCCGCCUGAUCAUUUCACUCGUGGCGAAGGAUUUUAGAGAAAAACCUUUUGCCCCUUGCAAGGAAAAUAAGAAUCAAACACCCAUUGA